AUGACGGGUGAUGCUGCUUGGGAAAUGCAGACUCAGUUUCCCAGAGGUGCUACAGUUCUUGGAACCGUACUGUCAUCCGACAAAACCAAUAUAACUACCAUGACUGGUGCUAGAAUCGCUCAUCCGCUUCUUCUGGGACUCACCAAUAUAUGCAUGUGUACUCACACAAAACUUUCAUCAAAAGCUUUCCUACUUAUGGCUCUUCUCCCUAUCCCACAUUACCUACACCCUAAUAAAUGCAUGCGAGGUGUGCUUGAAGAUCGCCUUAUACACCAAUGUCUUUCAAUUGUUCUCCAGCCAUUGAUGAAAGCAGCCGAGGUUGGAAUCAUGAUGUCUGAUCCGGUUGGAAAUGUUCAGCACUGUUUCACUCCUCUCGCAGUGUACAUCGUCGACACCCCAGAGGCAGCUAUGCUUGCCUGUGUACGCGGGAAGACCUCUCUGUUUACCAUGGCUUCUUAUCUGCAGUUCGGGGAUAGUUUUUGGCAUCCCUCUCAUACUCGCUCUAUCACACUUGAUCAGCUCGACAGCAUUACAGUCGAUCCCAAUGAUCUUGAGGCAUAUUUUGACACCUGUGCUGAAUACCGACUAAACGAAGCCCUGCAUCAUUGGCACAAGGAGUUUUUCGACCAUGACUGCCAGUGGUGUCUAACAAUUGUGGGUGCCUCAGAACUUGAUUUCCAGUUCUCGAUCCUACAGCCCAUCACAGGUUACUGUCACUUUGCUGGUGGAAUCUCAAAGCUCAAACAAGUCACUGGCAGAGAUCACCAUGAUAUCCAAUGCUACAUUGUUGGCCUGAUAUCUGGUGCAGCCCCUCAUCGUUUCAUCAUUGCAAUUCGUGCCCUCAUGGAUGUUCGAUAUUUGGUGCAGUCCCCUACUCCUAAUGAUGACUUACUGGCAAGUAUUGACCGGGCCCUUUCGACCUUCCACGAACAUAAAGAUAUUAUUCUGACAUCAGAACUCCUCCAGAGUAUCACUUCUGGCACGUGCAAUGUCGGCACUCUCAUUCAGUGGUCUGCAGAUGUGACUGAGCAUGCUCAUAUUUCAGAAAUAAAAGAUCCCACACGCUGCACCAAUAACAAUGACUAUGACCCACAGAUCUGUCGACAUCUAGAUCGAGAUGAGAAGCUGCGACGUUUCGCAAUUGCCAUGAUGCUGAAGAGUCAUCACGUGUACUGUGAUCCCAAUGACAGGCCCAGAGAAGUCCCUGAGGAUGAGGACAAGCAGGAGGAGGAGCCAAUUGAUCCCGACGAGCAGGAACCUGACGAUCCACAGACUGCACUUCUAGAACAAAUGAAUCACACACGUGUCACCAUGAACUACUUCAGUAAAGCAAGGCAAAUCAUAACUGUGAGGGAUAGAGCUAUUCCUCACCCUCCUCAAAUGUUUAUUGCUGGUGGUACUGCCAUUCACCUCAACUACACUUCUUCUUGCACCAGAGUUGGUGUUGAUGAUGUUGCUACUGAUUUCAAUAUACCAGAUUUGCGUGUAGUGCUUUCAGAAUUUUUGCUACAUGAUGCGAGGGAGAGAGGAGCAGUUCACAUGGUGGGGGGUCCAAGAAGAAGGCCAUUGAUCGACUGUCCUCCUAUCCUUCAAUUUGACCGUGUUCAACUAUGGUAUACUGUCCGCCUUCAGCAAAUGUCUUUUCACAAUUCUAGGGUCACAUUGCCAGCUCAAACUGUACAUGCAUCUCCUCCUGGCCCUGGGUGGCCAAAAGGCUGA